AUGACAAUGAAAAUAAAAAACCUUUCCAAAACACCUGAAGAAUGGCUCUUGAUAGAAGACACUUACUUAAAUAGGACAGACAAUAAAGCAAAGAUAGUUGAGGAAUAUUUCGAAGAUGUUAUUUACGUCAAUCAUCAAGAUAACAAAACUGUGUUUGCUUUAAGAGAGUACUAUGAUUUUUGUUUAAGAUUUUUACAAGAAAGAUACCCGCAGUAUUUUAAGGUUGUCGUUUUAGAUAAGAAUAAGUUCUUGCAUAAUAUAAUUAGGGAUGAAAAAUUACCCUUAGAUUCAAGACUCGUUGAACCUCAAGAAUUGUGCAAGAUCCUUUCUAGAACAUUAGAAGAAGACUUUUUAAUCUUACUAAAGGACAACCCCACAAACCCCGACGAAGAAUACAAGUUGAAAUGUUCUUCGUGGUGUUUUCCUUCGGGGUUUAGUCCAAAAGACAAGUUCGAACAAUCCUUAAGUGCUAUACAUUACCCUGUUCCGGAUUAUGCUUCGAAGUUGAAGUUGUCUAUGAAUAAGUUCUUCGAAAGGGUUUGCCCUAAGGACUUAUGGAUGCGUACUAAUUGGCUCAUUCAGUUACAUCCUAAUCUUAUGAGUAUUAAUACUAACCACGCUUCAAAAGACGAAGUAGUAAAAUCUAUUGAUAUCGGCGAACUUGAUUUUGAUAAUUGUUUUUUAAGAUGUGAAAGACAGGUCAUUACAUGCUUACCAAUUCUGAAUGCUAAGGUAAUGACAAUUAGGACAUACACUACACCAUUACUGCAAAUUAAAGCCGAAGGAUUGGGUAACGAACUUAUCCAAGCAAUUGAUGGUUUAAAUGGCGAUUUCGCCCAUUACAAAAAUAAGGGUGCGUGGGGUCAAGCUGUUAAACAAUACAUGGGAGAAUAA